UCAUUGAUUAAUGUCUAACUUGUGUUGCAAUUGCUGUGGUAUAAAUUGACAUUAGAGACCAAGGACUAUACUUCAGCAAGUUGGACUGCCAAAGACAAACGAGCUUCUUCACUUUAGGUUCAACAUGGAGAAGUUUCUUGCUUUUGCUUUCCUGCUGGUCGCUUUGCCUUCCAGCGGCAUGGUCAGUGGAAAUCCCUCUGGUCCCUCUAUACGUCCUUCCCUUCUCCACCUCUCAGCAGCAAAUUCAGAUUUUGCAUUGCGUCUGUACAAACAAAUUGCUGCUCAACCAGGCGCAGAUUCCCAAAAUAUUUUCUUUUCUCCACUGAGCAUCUCUGCUGCCCUGAGCAUGUUGUCAUUGGGUGCCCGGGAAAAUACUCUGACUCAGCUCCUGCAGGUUCUUGGCUACAGCAACAUCACAAGAAAUGACGCUGUCAGAAUGGGGCAGGUAUUCCAUGAGCUUCUGGAGCAUGUGAACAAUCUAAAUAAUGGAAUCAAAACGGGAAACGCUCUGUAUGUUCAAGAGGGGCGAGAAAUUCGUGAAAGGUUUCUCAGAGAAGUCAAGGAACUUUACAAUGCCAAAAUAACAACUGUUGAUUUUCGUGAACAACAAAGAACAAAAGACAAAAUAAAUGCUUAUGUGAGUAACAAAACUGAAGGCAGAAUCCCAAACAUCCUUUCAAGGCCACUCUCACAGGAUACCGUAAUGCUUCUUCUCAACUACAUCUUGUUCAGAGGUGAUUGGUUGAGGCCUUUUGACAGGAGCCGCACUUAUGAAGCUGACUUUCAGGUCAAUAGCAAUACAAAAGUGAAAGUUCAGAUGAUGAAAAAGACGGGAAUGUAUUACAGGACCUAUGCCAAUGACCUCUCCACUGAUGUGCUUCUGAUGGAAUAUGUAGGAAAUACCUCCCUAUUGAUUUUGCUACCGAGACCUGGAAAAUUGGCAGAGGUGGAGCAGAAUCUGACCGUUCGAAGAUUUUAUCAGCUCUUGAUGUCGAUGGAAAUGAGCUCUACAGAAGUGCAUUUGCCAAAGAUGAUACUGAAGAAAGAUUACCAACUGAAAACCCUACUGAAUUCCAUGGGUAUCAGAGAUGCAUUUACCAGCGAUGCAAACUUUUCUAGAAUAUCUGAAAGGCCUGUAAAAGUAUCACAGGUGAUGCAAAGGGCUAUGCUGAAAAUAGAUGAGAGAGGAACAACGGCUAGUGCAUCUACAACCAUUGAACUAACCCCAAUGAGUGUUCCCUUGGAGUUCAAAUGUGACAGACCUUUCUUGUUACUAAUUGCUGAUAACCAACUCAAGAGCGUCAUAUUUGCUGGGAGAGUGGCAGACCCCACAGCUUGAUCACAGAAUCCACACCAUCACAAAACUUGUGCCUCUCCAGAUGGAAAACUACUCAGUUACUUCUAAUGCUUAAACUUAUAACAUUUAAAUAUUGGGAGUUGACUAACAUAAUUUAGCAUGUCGGUUUUCUUUGUAAUAGGUUAACAUGUCAAGCAUUGACUGAGGACAUUUCAAGUCAUAUUAAACCCUUCAACAACAUCCAAAUUAACAAAACAUUUCAAAUUUAGACUUCUUGAUUGUUAUGAUUUGCUUAAUACAUAUUUGACUGAAUAACAUGAUUCAUAUUAAAGUAGAAAUUGCACCUGA